AUGCCACAUCCAUCUCCGCCCGCCAAGACCGACUGCAUCAUCAUCGUCGGCGCGGGCGUGUUCGGGCUCACCACCGCUCUCGAGCUCGCCGCGCGCGGAUACAGCAACGUCUCUGUGCUGGACCGCUUCGUGCCGCCCGUCGUCGACGGCAGCAGCGUGGACCUGUCGCGCAUCAUCCGGUUCGACUACGGCGACACACAGUACGGCGUCAUGGCGCGCGAGGCCGUCGCCGGGUGGGCGGCCGCCGAGCACGCCGCGCACUACCACCAGUGCGGCUUCGUGAUGCUCAACGAGGGCGCCGGCGGGUUCGCGUACACGCGCCGCUGCCUGGACGUCGACGCGGCCCUCGGCCGCACCAUUGAGGCGUACCCCGACGCGGCCGCCCUGCGGGCGCGCGUGCCCUGCAUGCCCGCAAAGCUCGACGGCCUCUCGGCGUUUUACAACCCCAAGGGCGGCUGGGCCGAUGCCGCGGCCAGCAUCGCGCAGCUGGCGGGCCGGUGCAGCCAGGCCGGCGUGUCCCUCGUGUGCGGGCGGCGCGGCACCGUCCACAGGCUCGUGUACGAGGACGGCCCGCGGGUGGCCGGCGUGCAGCUCCUGGACGGGAGCCGCAUGCGCGCUUCGCUGGUGGUUCUGGCGGCGGGCGCCUGGACGAACCACCUGCUGCGCGUGACCCAUGCGAGCUCGGCCUCGGCGCACCCCGUGGGCUGCAUCCAGCUGACGGCGGACGAGGCGGCGACGCUGCGGGACAUGCCCGUCAUGAUUCACUCCAACAAGGGCGUGUUUGUGUUUCCGCCGACGCCGGGCACCAACAUCCUCAAGGUGGCCCGCCACGGGUACGGCUACGCCACGGCCGAGACGGUCGACGACGGCCGCGCGCCGCCAACCGUCCUGUCCUGCCCGCGGAGGGACGGCAACAAUGCGCGCAACUCGUUCAUGCCCGACGACGCGCAGCAAGGGUUGCGCGAUGGGCUGCGGGACUUGGUGCCUGAGUUUGCUGAGCGCCCCUGGUCGAGGCUGCGGUUGUGCUGGUACUCGGACACGCCUGAAGGCGACUUCAUUGUCGAUAACCAUCCACAGAUCGCCGGGCUCUUUCUAGCCACUGGCGGCUCCGGACAUGGUUUCAAAUUCUUGCCGGUACUGGGGAGAUAUAUUGUCGAUUGCCUCGAGAACAAGGCACCCGAGAGUCUGAGAUACAAGUGGCGCAUGCGUCCCGAAUCGGAUGUAAGUGAGAUCAGGGUAGGGGACGGGAGCCGUGGCGGGCCGCCACUGAGAACCUUGACAGCGCUUGAGCAGUCAAAGCUAUAA